AUGAAUGUUUUAGUUAGUAUCGUUUUCUUUGCGAUUUCCACGCAGGCGUUUACUAUUGAUUGGUUCAAAAUAAAGAGGUCUGAUCCACAAUUUAUUUUACAAUUUCUAAAGAAUCAUCAUGACAAAAUUGUAGGAGGAGAAGAAGCGGAACCCCAUUCAAUACCAUACCAAGUGGGACUUAUAAUCAGUUAUAAUGAAUAUAGUAGUUUCUGUGGGGGUUCUCUGAUUUCAGAAAAUACCGUUCUAACUGCAGCUCAUUGCAUUAAUGGAUCAAGUAAUAUUCAAAUUAUUCUCGGUGCCCAUAAUAUAAAUUUAUGGGAAGAAUCCCAACAACUAAUUACAUCCAAUAAUUACACUGUUCAUGAAAAAUGGGACCAAAAUACUUUACAAAAUGAUAUUGCUCUUAUACAUUUACCAACCUCUGCGAAAUUAAACGAAUAUGUACAAAUUAUUCGGUUACCAUCAAGAAGUGAAACAAGUGAUUUCGCCGGUAAACGUGCCAGAGUUAGCGGUUGGGGAAAAGCUUCAGAUUCAGCCACGGGAAUAAGCCCAACUUUACGUUUUGUUAACGUGGUGGUAACCACAAAUGAAUUUUGCGAGUAUUGGUAUAAAGGUUACAUAACUGAAAAACACAUUUGUACGGAUGGUGGUGGUGGAUAUGGUGCUUGCGGUGGCGAUAGCGGUGGUCCUUUGGUCUUGUACGAACAAUUAAUUGGCGUGGCUUCCUUUAGCGUCUCUUUGGGUUGUGAGGUAGAUUGGCCUUCUGGAUAUCAAAGAGUUACAUCUCAUCUUGAUUGGAUUGAAGAUAAUUCGGAUGUAGUAAUUGGUAUAUCAUCCACUACAACAACAACUACGUCUACACCAUAUUCAUAUAACAAAGCUUCCAGUGAUGUUGACUGGAGUAAUGUUAAAAGACACAAUCUUAUGCCAAGAAUGCCAGCUAACUUCUGGGAUUUGCCCAAAAACAGAAUUGUUGGAGGUCAAGAAGCUGUUCCAAACUCCAUUAAAUAUCAAGCUGCCUUAAGAGUUACGGUUGGUACUGAAAAUUACUUCUGUGGAGCUUCCCUCAUCUCCACACGUUACCUUUUAACCGCCGCUCAUUGUGUUGAUGGUGCUUCCGAAAUCCAAGUUACUUUGGGGGCUCAUAAAAUUAAUGAAGCUGAAGAUACUCAAGUAAAAAUUACCACAGAUGCUUAUACAAUGCACUCUGGUUGGGAUGCUACCCAAAUCAUUAACGAUAUUGCCGUCAUCGAUUUGAAACAAGAAAUCGAAUUAACCGAAAAUAUCCAACCCGUUAAUUUGCCAACAUACGCUGAUGUCGCCAAUGAGUUUACUGAUUCAGUAGCUCGCGUCAGCGGAUGGGGAUUGGAUUCUGACAGUUCCGACAGCAUUAGCCCCGUUCUUAGAGAAGUUUAUGCUACCGUAAUUAGUAACUUAGUUUGCAACAUCAGCUAUUUAGGACAAAUCCACAACAGCAAUAUCUGUACUGGUGGAUCUGGUGGAGUUGGAUCUUGCAGUGGAGACAGUGGUGGUCCUCUCGUUCACAAUGACAAAUUGAUUGGUAUUGUUUCUUUCGGACUUGCCAUCGGUUGCGAAGUUGGAUGGCCAUCUGCUUUCACUCGUGUUACUACUUAUUUGGAUUGGAUUCAAGCUCAUUCUGAUGUUAUAAUCCAUUAGAAAAUUUGAAAAAAAAUUUACAAUAAUAAAUAUUCUUGUUAAAUGAU